AUGGCGGAGGAGGAGCUGGAGGCUCUGAGGAAACAGACGCUGGCCGAACUGCAGGCGAAACAUGGGGAUCCUGGCGAUGCAACACAACAGGAAGCAAAACACAGGGAAGCAGAACUGAGAAACAGUAUCUUAGCCCAAGUCCUGGAUCAGUCAGCCCAGGCCCGUUUAAGUAACUUAACACUUGUAAAGCCCGAAAAAACUAAAGCAGUAGAGAAUUACCUCAUACAGAUGGCAAGAUAUGGACAACUAAGUGGGAAGGUAUCAGAACAAGGUUUAAUAGAAAUCCUUGAAAAAGUAAGCCAACAAACAGAAAAGAAAACCACAGUUAAAUUCAACAGAAGAAAAGUCAUGGACUCUGAUGAAGAGGACGAUUAUUGAAAUUUAAGAUGUUUAGAGACUGGAACUUAAUGGAACAGUUCUAGGACAGAUAAUACUGGGUAGAAGUGAACAUCUGA